AUGGCAAAUGGAAGGGGAAGAGAGCGAACGGGCAAUGGAUGGGAAGAAUGGGGAGGCUAUAUGGAAUGUAAAAAGCGUAAAUUAGAAGAACAAUUUGAAAACGAUUGCACUGAAGCAGCCAAAAAAGCUGAAAUAAAAAGUAACAUUUUUCAUGGAAUAUCAAUUUUUGUUGAUGGUUAUACAGAACCACCAGCUGAACAACUGAAACAAUUAAUGAUGGAGCAUGGCGGCACAUAUCAUGCUUAUUACUCAAAAGAAAAAGUAACUUAUAUGAUAUCAGCAAAUUUACCAUAUUGUAAGCUUAGACGUUUAAAAGCAAAUGACAAAAUUAUAAAGCCAGAAUGGAUUGUAGAUUGUGUUAAAGAAGGUAAAUUGUUGCCCAUAACAGACUACGAAUUGUAUGCCCAUUUAACUCGAUCUCAUGGUCAGAAAAAAUUAAAUUUUAGACAAAUAUCUAAAGAUAUGGUAGAAAAUGAUGUUGACGAAGAUGAAAACAAUGAUUUUGCUCAAGAUGAUGAAUUUUUUAAUAAUGAAACCGAUGAGAUUACUCAUGUAUCAAAAACAAUCAGUAACAAUAAUUACGUAGACGAUGUAUCUGGAGAUAAUGAUGAUCGUCUAGCUAUGAAUGCUAAAAAUCCAAAAUUUCUUUCUACAUUUUUUAAACGUAGUCGUUUACAUUAUUUAUCAGCAACAGCAACUGAAAUGAAAUCUUAUGUUCAAGAAUUACAACAAACAAAAAAUCUUCAAGAACUUGAUCAAAGUCGACAAACACUAAUGAAACGUAUUAAUUUAUUAAAGACAGAUAUUGAUCAAGAAUUUAAAUUUAAUGGACAAAUUAUUAUGCACAUUGAUAUGGACUGUUUUUUUGUCUCCGUAGCCACACGAGAUAAACCUGAAUUAAGAGAUCAACCGAUUGCUAUUACACAUUCUAAAGGUGUUGGACCAACCAACACAACAACGACAAUGUCUGAUCAAUUUUAUUCUCGUGCUGAAAUAGCCUCUUGUAAUUAUCCUGCCAGACAGUUUGGUGUUAAAAAUGGAAUGUAUUUAGGUCAAGCACAAGAAUUAUGUGGUACAACAAAAUUAUUAUGUUUGAAUUAUGAUUUUCAAUCGUAUCAUAAAAUAUCCCAUUUAUUUUAUGAUAUUAUUUUAAAAUAUACAUUAGAUGUCGAAGCAAUAUCAUGUGAUGAAAUGUAUGUAGAUUUAACAGAACUUUUAAAUUUCUAUCAACCAAUUCAUCCACUAACAAUUGUAACAUGUUUACGCAAUGAAAUUCAAAUGAAAACAAAUUGUCCCUGUUCGGCUGGUUUAGGUUCAAAUAUGCUUUUAGCACGUUUGGCAACAAAAAAGGCUAAACCAAAUGGACAAUAUUAUGUUAGUAAAAAUGAUGAAAAAGAGUUUAUGUUAAAACAGAGAAUAAUUGAUUUGCCAAGAAUUGGACAUGCUAUAUUGGACAAAUUACAACAACGAUCAAUUGAUAUUGAAACAUGUGAACAAUUACAAAUUCAAUUUACACUUGAUCAACUCAAACAAAUAUUUGGACAAAAAAAUGGACAAACGUUAUAUGAUUCAUGUCGUGGAAUUGAUCAUAGACAAUUGGCUAAAGAACAUGUUCAAAAAUCGAUAAGUGUAGAUGUUAACUAUGGAAUUCGUUUAGAAAAAUAUCAAGAAUUAGAACAAUUUGUAAAACAAUUGGCCGAUGAAUUGAGUCAACGUUUGAGAAAAUCAAAUAAAAAGGGAAAAUUAUUAACAUUAAAAAUUCGAUUACGUUUGCCUGGUGAACCAAUUGAGACAAGUAAAUUUAUGGGUUGUGGUAAGACGACUGAUACGAAUAAAUCCGUACAACUUCUAUUCUCAACGGAUGAUCCUGUCGUUAUUGAAACAGAGACAUUGAAUUUAAUUAAAAAAUUAAAUAUUGUUAUAAGUGAUCUUAGAGGUAUUGGAAUACAAAUGACAAAAUUUGACGUACAGAAAUCAAAGGAAUCAGCAUCACAUUUGUUUCCCGUCGGAAAUAAAACGUUAUUUGAUUGUAAAAUGUUUAAUUUGCCUAAAAAAGCAAAAUCGGCUACAGAAACUGAUGGUUUUGGAGUUGACAAUGAUCAACAAACGAAUGAAUGUAUGAUAAAUGAGAAAAGAAAUGAAAGAUCAACGAUAGACAAACAUUUAGAAGGUCAAGCUACAACAUCGGCUGAUAAUGUCAUACAGAGAGCAGAAACAACAACGGCAUCAAAUAUAUUUUCACCAGGACAAAUUGAUCCAGAUGUUCUAGAUCAAUUACCAAACUCAAUACGUGAAGAAGUUGAACAACAUUUAAAAGCAAGGGUCCAAUAUCAACGAACAAAAAAUUCAACUCCAAUAACAACUCGUCGUCUCUCUGAACCAAAUAAAUCCGUUGCUGAAACAUCAUUCACACAAGUUAUUGAUCAUUUAGAUGAAAAUGUGCUAAAUGAAUUACCAGAAGAGAUGAGACGCGAAAUAAUGGGUGCUAAAAAGACACGUAAAAUUUCCAUAAAAUAUGAUGUCGUAAAAAAGAAACCACCUGUACCAUUACCAGUAGUGUCAAAUCAAAAUAAUGCAUUUGCUGUUAUUAUGCAAUCACCUCAAAAACAGUCUGUUGUAGAAAAAGCAAAAGGAUCAACAAAAUCCAAUCCGAUAAAAAAAUUAACGUCAAAUAUUCAUGAAGAAGAAGAAGGUAGAAAUACAACUUCAGUAACAUCGAAAACAAGACAACAACAACAGCAACCAUUAUCAACAUAUGUACCACCACAACUAAUGGGACGUCAAACAUUAAACGAAGUCAAACUUUUGUUAACAAAUUGGAUCAAAACAUCAGAUUCACCAAGUUGUGAAGAUAUCAAUCAUUUUCAAUCAUAUUUAGAAGUUCUGUUAGAAGAAUACAAUACAGAAAUGAUUUACACCUUACUUCGAUUUACCAUGUCACAAAUAAAAUCAAAAAAGAACAAUGACUCAUGGACUCAUUGUUUUGCAUGUAUUUUAGACAAUAUUCAAAUACUUUUCGAAGAGAUUCUUGAUAUUAUUUCUUCUGAAGGAUUUAUGUAUGAUACAUCUGAAAGUGGUGAUUUGUUAGAUAAUCGACGUUCGUCUUAUUCUAAAAUGAGAGUAAUAACAACUGAUGAUCUAGGAGCUGAUGAGAUAUCAAUGAAUCCACCAGAAUGGGAACGAAAUAAAUUAUUUAUGUCAAAAACAAAAGAAGCAAGACGAUUGCAGUGGCGGGCCGACGUGGUGACAAGGUGUGGCAAUUGCCACACCAAAAAAUUGGUGCGACCACAUGGGUGUGCUCUUAGUUUCAAAAACGGUUUUUUUUUGUUCACUACUGAUACUUUUCGAAAUUUAUUGCCACAUCAAAAACACAGACUCUGGCCCGCCACUGGACGAUUGAAAUUAGAAGCAGAAAUGAGACGAUUGGAAUUACAAGCAGAAGUGAGACAAAAUAUAUCAAAUGCACAAAAAGAAAAUAACGAGAAAAAUUGGCUAAGAAUUAUGCGAACAAUUGCUGCUGAACUUAUCAAUCAACAAAUUAUAGUUGGACCAGAAGAUGUUAAUGCAAAUGUAGGUGACACAAUUAUAUUUCCUUGUAUUCUUUUAUCACCGUUAAGUAAAAUCACAUGGUGUUGGAAUGAUUUUUGUACACUUGGAAAAAUGAUACAUAUUCAAAAUAGUGAAAAUCAAUUUAAUCAAUUAUAUCAAUAUGAAUUUUAUCCAAGAUUUUAUUUAUCAAUUAAUGAAAAAUUAUAUCAUUACAAUUUAACAAUAAAAAAUGUAUCAUCCAAUGAUCAAGGAACCUAUCAGUGUCAAGCAUUACGUACACUAAAAACACAAGAAGCUGUUUCAAAACGCGUACGAUUAGCUAUUAUUGCUCAUCCCACUAGUAAUCCAAAUAUUAUUAUUGGAAAUAUGCCUUUACAACAAGGUACACCAGUCAAUGUAACAUGUUUAUCUAGUUUAUCUCAACCAGCAUCAAAUUUAUUCUUAUAUAAAAAUAAUGAACAAUUAAAAUCCAUACUCAUUCAGUAUGAAUAUGAUGUGAAGAGUAGAAAAAAUUUAACAAAAUUAUUUUAUACGCUCAAUCCAGAUGUAACGUGGCAUAAUAUUAUGUUAAAAUGUGAACAAACUUAUUCGUUAUCAAAUUUUAAACAAGAUGUAUCUACACGUAUCCAAGUUCAAUAUAAGCCGUUAGUACGUAUUGAAUCACAAAAUAAAUAUCCAUUAAUAAUAAAUUCUACGGCAACAUUUGCCUGUAUUGUUAAUUCAAAUCCUCAUUCAUAUCUUAAAUGGUUUACUAACUCACUCGAUCUAACUAAUUUAAAUUCACCUGUUAUCAGUAUACCAUUGUCAAAAGGUGUUCACAAUCAUAUAAUUGGAUGUAGUGCAAAAAAUAGUAUUGGUACAACGAAUACAACUAUUCGAAUUCUAAUAAGAUAUCCACCAACAUUUAUUAUUCGACCACCAUCAUUUUAUUUAUUUGAACAACAAAAUAAACAUAAUAAUAAUGUUUUACGUUGUCUAGUUGAUUCUUAUCCAAAAGCAAAAGUUCUUUGGUAUCGUUAUGAUCAAAUAAUUCAUGAUGGUUCAUUAUUAAAUCUUGAAAAUAUAACGCAACAAAAACAGCAAGGUUUAUAUACAUGUCACGUAUACGUUGAUGGAUUUGAAACGAUUACAAGUGAUGUUGUCGUCUAUGUUAAAGGAAAGCCAUUAAUAUUUGUCAAAGAAUCUAGAAAAUCAAUACAAGAAAAAGAAUUUGAAUGUAAAGUUUAUUCAAAUGUUCCGAUAAUGCGUAUAUCAUGGAAUAUAAAUGGUAUAACAAUUGAGACAGAUGAUAGUUCUUCUAUAACAACAACGUGUGAUAAUAUUAGUUGUACUUCAAAAUUAACUUUAAAAACUCUUUUAUUAAAAAAAGUCUUCAAUCGUCUUUCGUGUACAGCCGAAAAUGAGUUUGGAAUUGAACAAAGUUUGAUAUCUGAACUUGAAUAUGGUGAAAAUGGAUUCUAUAAUUUAUUGUUACCAAUUGUAUUAGUAUCAUUCUUCAUUUUAUUGAUUGUUUCUAUCAUCAUUAUUUGUUGUGCAUGUAAAGGACGAAGACAUCGUCAACAUUCAGUGAAAAAACUGCCAGUAGUAUUUGAUGCUCAUUAUUCUAUAAAUGAUAUGGUAAAAGAUGCAUCCAUGAACGAUGAUCAAUUAUCACUAAGAAUUGAACAAUCUCACGAACCAAUAAUUCUCUCAUUUUUUAAUAAGAAAUCAGAUAAUAUCUCCAAUGAAUCGUCAAAUAGUUCAGGAUUUUAUUCAAAAUCAUCAAUGAUGACAUUUAACGUCGAACAAUCAAAUGAAUAUAGUCCAAGAAUGGUUGAGGCUGCUUAUAAUUUUUCGAACCCACCCAGCGCAUCUCAUCUACAUCCAUCACCGUAUGGCAUACCGAUAAAUCCAAAAACGCAACACCCGCAAGAUGCCAUGACAAGUAUUGGAAUUAUUCCAAUAUCUAAGGAAAGCAUGCAAAUUAAUGUAAAUCCUCCUGCGUCGAGAUACCCAGAUUCUCGUAAUUUAGUUUCUAACGAAACGGAUGACUUUGCAUCAUCAAGAUUUUAG